GGAAUCUUGCCUCUUUGCCAGUCGCUCUCUUCCAGCUGCGAUAGAGAGAAAGGGCGCCCACUCGCUCUCCUCCCUCUACGCUCAAAACAGUAUCUACACCCAACGGUACACCUUAAGUCACCUGUCUCUUGUACCUGUGGAAGUUAAGGAAAGGUGUUUUGUGUAUCCUGUGUACUAUGAACCAAAGACACCUUACCUGCUGAUACACUGACACGACACCUGGGACCAUGAGAGUGUGUGUGACAGCAUUUAUGGCGACAUGGUGGUGUGUGUGGCUGGCUGUGGCGGGCAUGGAGGUGUGGGGCGGAGGAGGAGAAGCAGGAGGAGGUAGAGAAGAGAGAUCACUUCAGCAAAUCCCUCUCGGAACAUCAGGUUUUCCUUUACCUGUAGAUAUCGACCCUAUUCCUUCAGGUCCCCACGUGACAAUGCCGCACAUCAGUUUCCGUGACAUGGGCAACUUCGUUCACCAAGCUGCUCUGGCUGUCAACGAGAGAUUCGACACUAUUGAGCCAGCAAUAUACCAGAGUGGGGCGCGGCAGGUCCCCGGCACACCCGCCUGGUUCAUGGCCGCCUCUCACAAGACUAAGGUUGUGGCCAAGAACAUCUCCAGAAUCGCUCUCAUCUCAGAGGAAGCCACGAAGUACACUGCACAACAGUUCCGGCUGGAGAGGGACCAGGUGAGCUAUGGGUUGCCCACUGCUGACGUGCGGGGAACAGUGCUUGGUGACCAGUGCCCGGUGGAGGUGGACUUCCCCUGCCAGCCCCGCAAGUACCGCGCCUUCAAUGGUUACUGUAACAACGUGCAGAACCCUCGAUGGGGCAACGCCAACACUCGCUACCUCCGCUUCCUGCCGGCGGACUAUGGCGAUGGUGUGGCUGUUCCCCGCCAGGCUGCCUCCGGGGACUUCCUGCCGUCAGCACGCGCCGUCAGCCUGGCCAUGCACCGCGACCACGACACCCCUCACAAGUUCAUGACGUCUGUUGCUGCCGUGUUUGGCCAGUUCAUCUCACACGACCUGGCUCACACACCACAGAUGGCAGGCUACAUUGGCCAGCGUCUGCGGUGCUGUGGCGUGAACUUCCGAGACUUCCACCCGGAGUGUUACCCAAUCAGGCUGCCAGACAACGACCCUGUCUACUCCCCACUCAAGCAGAAGUGCCAAGAAUAUGUACGUUCUGGCACUGCCCCCAGGACUGGAUGCACUCUAGGCCCACGGGAGCAGAUCAACCAGGUGACCUCCUUCAUUGACGGCUCAGUGAUCUACGGUUCCAGCAAGGAGGAGAGCGACGAACUGCGUGCCUUUUCCGGUGGCCUCCUGAAGGUCCAGCGAGGCCCGGCAAACACUCAGAUACUCAUGGAAGACACGAACCAGAUUGACUGCAAGACCACUGGAAGAUUUAAAUGUUUCAAAUCAGGUGACGUGCGGGUGAACGAGCACAUAGGGUUGGCGUCAAUGCACCAGCUGUUUGUCAGGGAGCACAACCGAAUUGCCGUGUUCCUCUCAGACCUCAACGCACACUGGACUGACGAGCAAGUGUUUCAGGAGGCACGCAGGAUUGUGGGAGCAACUCUUCAGCACAUCACCUACACUGAGUUUCUGCCCUCCAUUCUUGGCCAGGGCAUCAUAGAGAAGUACGGUCUGGCGCUGCAGUCGUCUGGAUUCUUUGCUGGUUACGACAUCAACAUCAACGCCGGGAUUGCCAACUCUGUGUCUUCGCAAGCACUCAAAUUUGUGGCGUCCCUUAUGCCCAACACUGUGGCAUACUUUGAUGAGGAGAAGGUGGAGCGUCCCAUCACAGACACCUUCUAUGCUCCAUUUGACCUUUACGAGCAUGACAAGUUUGACCAGGUGCUGAAGGGCCUGAUCAGCUCCCACGCCCAGAAUGAGGACACGGCCAUUUCUGAAUCCAUGACCAAUAAAAUGUUUGAGGAUGAGAAAACUGGGGUGGGGCUGGACCUGGCUGCUCAGAUUCUGCAGCAAGGAAGGGACCAUGGCAUAGCGGGAUACAAUAGCUGGAGACAUUUCUGUGGCCUCCCCAAAGCUACCUCCUUUCAAGACCUGAGUGACGUGGUGGGUCCUGAGAACAUCAAGAAGCUACAGGGCAUUUACAAGAGUGUGGACGACAUCGACCUGUUCACCGGGGGUCUGGCGGAGAAGCCAAACCGUGGAGCUUUGGUAGGACCGACCUUUGGGUGUCUCAUUGGUAGACAGUUCCACUACCUUAGGCGAGGCGACCGCUACUGGUACGAGAACGAUAUCCCACCAUCCUCGUUCACUAAAGAACAACUGUAUGAGCUGCGCAAGACCAGCCUGGCCCGAGUGAUCUGCGACAACAGUGACAAGCUGCAGUAUGUCCAGCCCAAAGUGAUGCUGGAGGCUGACUCUUUCCUGAAUGCUCCAAUGGCCUGCCAGGGGAAGAAUGUGAAGGGCAUUGACCUGAGGAAGUGGAAGACAGCCAGCCCAAACUUCAUCAUCCCCGACAAGAUGCUGCAGGAAAGCAUUGAGCGAGCCAAGAGGGACAUUCUCAGCAUGAGGGACUCAGAGUGGAACCUUUGGGAAGCACCCAACACACCACAGCACCGACGCAAAAGACAAACACAGCAACGACCAAGACCCAGACCCAGACCAACACUGACUGGCAGCCAACACAGACCCACCCUGGGCCACGCCACGACCCGAGGGCGGAGACCCGUGACCUCUGACCUGAUGCAAGCUCUAGUGGGGCGCGGGUCGGAGGAGGAAGUGAGUCCGCGAGUGAUGAGAGAGGCAGAGGAGCUACUGAGUGACUGUUUCAAUGUCGGGGUGAAGGCUUGGGGCGUCAUGAGGGAACAGGAGCAACGACUGUGGCAACGCAAGCUGACUGCUGACCACAAAGGGCCGCUGGGGUCAGCCUACGCCUUCAGCAAGCCCAAGGCACAGGCUGUCAAGAUAUCAAACUCUUCCUUCAUCCUGCAGUUUGCCUCCGCACGAUUUGUAAACAACUUCCUCUCAGAAGCCAGGACACGAAAGACUCGUGCUGCAGACGGCCAGCUGAAGGACACAGAGUCAGGGUCACCUAACAACGUGCUGGACUUGAUGGAGGUUCUGCCAAACAUCGACGUGAGUGACAUCAUGGAAAUUCCCAGUGUGUUUGAGUGUGACGACCAAACGCUGCCUUGUGACCACACCUCUCGCUUCCGCACGGCUACUGGCUGGUGCAAUAACCUUAACUUCCCAUCCUUCGGCAAGUCCUUCAGGGCAAAAAGUCGACUCCUGAGGCCCUCCUAUGAAGAUGGUCUGUCCAAGCCCCGGGUCACAUCGGUCACAGGCAAGGAUCUCCCAUCCCCUCGCCUCAUCUCAACCAACAUGCACAACGAUGUGUCCGCACCCCAUGUCCGCUACACUCUCAUGGUCAUGCAGUGGGGACAGUUUAUCGACCAUGAUAUCAUUUUCACUCCCAUCAACAAAGGUUUCCAAGACUCCAUUUUGGACUGCCGGCGGUGUGACUCUCCCCAGACUGUCCACCCGGAGUGCUUCCCCAUCACCAUCCCCCAGAACGACCCCUUCUUCCCCCCUGUCAACAUAUCCUCUGGCCAGCCCUUCUGCAUCCCUCUCACCCGAUCCAUGCCUGGCCAGCUCACUCUAGGGUACCGGGAGCAGAUGAACCAAGUGACCGCCUUCAUUGACGCCUCGCACACCUACGGCUCUGACAAGUGUGAACAGCAACAACUCAGAAGCAAGACUGACGGCAAGCUGCGAGGCACACCCAACCCGCUGCGAGGCAAGGACCUGCUGCCCACGGAGAAUGAGAACCACGAGUGUCAGGCGCCAUCUGGACGCUGCUUCACUGGAGGAGACACACGCGCCUCGGAGCAGCCCGGCCUGGCGGCGCUACACACUCUGAUGAUGCGAGAACACAACAGAGUGGCCGGGGAACUCAAGCGUCUCAACAAACACUGGAGUGACGAACAACUCUUCCAAAACGCUCGUCGCAUUGUCUCCGCCAUCAACCAGCACGUCACCUACAACGAGUGGCUGCCCAGAGUGUUGGGGUGGAACGCUAUUAACCUCUACGAGCUCAACUUGCUGCCUGAGGGGUAUUCGGAAGAUUACGACGCGUACUGCAACCCAACAGUGCUCAAUGAGUUUGGCAUUGCCUUCCGCUUUGGCCACUCUCUGCUCAAGCCUUCCCUGGAGCGCAUGGACGGAAUAUUUGCCAAGCGCGACCCUCCCGUCAAGCUCAGCGAACACUUCUUCAACCCGGACCUUCUCUACCAGCCCGGGAUGCUGGACGAGAUUAUCCGCGGCCUCACCACCGUGUCCAUGGAGACGCUGGACCAGUUCCUCACCGACGAGGUCACCAACCAUCUCUUCGAAGACAAGCGUCAGCCAUUCUCCGGCCUGGACCUGGCCGCCCUCAACAUCCAGCGAGGCAGAGACCACGGACUGCAGCCUUACAAUGAGUACAGAGCCCUCUGUAACCUGACCAGGGCCAGGUCCUUUGAUGACCUACACAGGGAAAUAGCAAGGCCAGUGAUAGAGCGCAUGAAGAGAACGUACGCCCACGUGGACGACAUCGACCUGUUCACCGGUGGGUUGAUUGAGACGCCGCUGCACGGUGGGCUGGUGGGGCCUACAUUUGGCUGCAUCCUCGGCAUUCAGUUCAGGAACCUGCGUCGCUGUGACCGAUUCUGGUACGAGAAUGCCGACCCUCUCGUACGCUUCACCGACCCCCAGCUCACCGAGAUCAGGAAGGUGACUCUGGCCAAGCUUCUGUGUGACAACUGUGAUAAUGUGGAGAGUGAACAGCGGUCUGUGUUUGACCUGCCGGACCCAUUCCUGAACCCCCGAGUGUCGUGUCGUGACCUGCCUGGCGUGAACCUGGAGCUGUGGAAGGAGCGCGUGUCAUGUGGCGUGGGGAAGACUAACAUUGAUAUUGGUGGAGCUGAACGCAUCUCUCCCUGUGUCAUGUGCACCUGUACCAAGGAGGGACCUGUCUGCCAGAGCCUGAAGAUCGACAACUGCUUCCACCUUGCGCAGUCUUACAGUCCCGAGUCCAUCCUCAAUGACCACGUGUGCAAGGUUCAGUGUGCCUUUGCCUUCCGUGCCUUCCGUAAAGUGGCCAAUCAGGACUCAAACCAGCUCGGAUUUGCCAACAGCUAGAGAGUUGACUUCACACGGGGUGGCAGCCUGUACUGUUCUGCCACAUCCCUCUCUCUUCUACUAUGGUAUGGUGGUGGGGAUGUGCUCUCUCUCUCUCUCUCUCUCUCUCUCUCUCUCUCUCUCUCUCUGGUGUAUUAUUGCAGUAAAUUUUGUGUGGGUUGGUUGUACGUAGCAAUGUUUUUCUUGGAGUAGUUUUGUAUAUUUUGAGUGUUUACAUUUCUCCCUUGUAUGUAUGUACGUAUGUCAGUUUCUCCUGGCUUAAUAUAGGAAACUGUUUCUCCUCCUCCUCCUCCUCUUCUUCUUCCUCCUCCUCCUCCUUCUCCUCUUGGGGUUUGUGGGAAAUUAUAAAAUCUCGCAGGAAAGAAAGGAAAAUUACUGUUGUUUUCAUAUUGCCACUAUUACCAUUACUGUUUAUUAGUGUGUGUGUGUGUGUGUGUGUGUGUGUGUGUGUGUGUGUGUGUGUGUGUGUGUGUGUGUGUGUGUGUGUGUGAUGCAUGGCCUAAGUCUUAUCAGCUCCGGAUAACCUGAUAACUUAUUCAUCUGUGUCCUCUCAUGUCUCUCCUGGCUUCAUCACACCUCCGCUCAUUGUGUUAGUAAGGAAAACUAUCUUGAUAUGUUAGCGAGGAAAAUUUGAGUCAUUUAUGCCUUACUUGGUUAUGGUAAAUAUAAAUGUCAUAUUUUAGCUGUACGUGUGUGUGUGUGUGUGUGUGUGUGUGUGUGUGUGUGUGUGUGUGUGUGUGUGUGUGUGUGUGUGUGUGUGUGUGUGUGUGUGUGUGUGUGUGUGUGUUGAAUGUUAAUGUAAAUUGUAAUAUGUAUUUUAUUUUUAAUAAAAUAUUGGCAAAACAUA